UGGCGGUUGCCGAGCUGGAGAAAUGUGGGUUGUACUGCAGUCUGCCUUUGUUCUCUGGGAUCGCAGGUUGUAGUGUAGGAACAGCUUCGCUAUUUGGACUUGCCAGAAGUGUUUUUUUUAUUACCUAACUUCCAUUAUAUAAAGAGGUGAACAUGAAAAUAUUUCAUCCUGUUGCUUUUGUUUAGUGAAACUGAGUCUGGAUUAUACAGCAUGUGAUCCAUCAGGGGCUCCUAGCUGAGUGCCAUUAUCUUUCCCUAGGGGGAUGGAGCAUAGUCUCUGUUUCAAAUAUUUCCCGUGUUAUGGAUUACAUUAGCAAUUUGAUAAUUAGCAUAAAGCAUUUUAACAAGGUAUCAUGCAAAUUUAAUGGAAUGCAAACUAAAUAACAUAUUGUGAACCCUUCUAGAUCUUGGAUCAGCCUCCUCAUGUCGUCAUGGUGUUACUUGGUGAUAAAUCGUGGAAAAAGUUUCAAAGAUGAAAAUUUAGAUAUUGCAUAUAUUAUGAUGAGCUUUGUUGUUAUUGUAUACAGAAGUGGCAUUAACAUUUAUGCAGAAACAAAAAGUGAUACGUUACAGUGCUUCACAAAAGGUGGCAGUUCAGAAUUCAGUGAAAUAAACAGUGUUUUGGUGUUCAGUGAAAUAAACUGUUUUGUAAUUCAGUGAAGUAAAGUGUUUUGAGAGGGGUUGUCUAGAAGUGCCAAGCUAAGUGGAAACCUUUGUGGAACUUACCUGUUUAUCUGUGGAUUACUCAUGGGACUGGACUCCCAUAGUGAGAAGUUAGGUUGUUGUUUCAUCCAAAUCAAAAAUGAAGUUUCACUGUACGAAAACGAAUUCUGUGUAAAUCAAGAAAUUUCAAGCAGAAUAUUUAUAUGAGGGUGGAACACCUUUUUUUUUGUGAAUCACUUAUGUUGUGCAGCAUCAUACACUAAAACAUUUUGUCUCUGUGGUGAACUUACAAUUUAUAUAGCUUCUCCACUACUGUAAUAAUGCUAAAUAACUUGCCUAUAAGUGCUACAACUUGAGACUGUUACAUAGUGGAAUAAGAUAUGGAAAGUGUCAUUGCAGUACUGGCAAGCAAUGUUAUUUAUCUCAAUUUCUUGGCAGAUAAGAGCAAAGCUAGCAUGAAUACUGUAACGGGACAGGAUUAUUUUAUGUAUGUAAUAUACAGUUGCAUCUUAAACAGACUUAUGACUGUUAAGUGAUGUUCAAGUGAUAUUCUGGAGUACCUAUACUUAUUAGGAGUCACUAACAUUGCAUCAAAGACCAUCCGCAACCAACAGAUAUAAACUCCAGUGGUAUAUAUUAGUGGAUUAAGACAUCUCUCUAUCUCUCUUAUUCAUUCAACUAGUUGAUGAAUGAUCUAAGCUUAAGAUCAAAUGAAACCAAUGUUCAGACCACUCUAGAGGGUAAUAGUAAGUGAUUAGACCAAUUUGGUCCUGAUCUCAGCUUACCUUAUAAUAAGUUUAAUAAAAAUACAGUUAUAUUCAAGAAAAUUACAUUCUACAUGUUCAGUGUGUUUUUAAAAUUUUGGCAACGAAACAGAUUUUGGAAUUUUUACAAAUGUUCUUGUUAGUGCUAUCAGCGACUGAAAUUUACCGCCAAAGUGCAUUUGUUAAUCAACUAGAAGUUGCUGUAUUUCACUGCAUUAUUAAUAUGAUCCCUCAAAGAUAGUCUUAUUUACAGGCUGCUAACAAACUUGCAAAGUUGCCGAUUUGAUAAUUUUAGAUUUAUACAGCUGUUUUCACAUCAUGACCUGGAGAGAUUAUUGCGAGGGGAUUGGAUGAGGCUUUUUAAUCAAUAUUGAAAAGGAAAUAGAUAAAACUAAAAAACUGGAACUAAUGGUUUACAUGAUGCUGUAAUGGAAUGUUGAUGUAUGCCUGUUAUAAUGCCAUUUUUCUUGAUUUUUACAUAAUCAUAGUUCUUUCCUUUUUUCAGGAAAACUGUAUAGCACCAAACACUCCAAAAAAACAAAGUUGUUGUUCUCCUGAAAUUGUUAAAAAAAGAAGCUGAAGAAUCAUUCUCAUUAUAAGCCCAAUGUGAAAAAGCAAAUCAUAAUAAUGUUACUUUGCGUCAUCUAACAAAGUGAACCACUCAGUUUCCUCAAAGAGCACGUUCUACAUUUUCACUCAGUAAGAAGACUGAAAUUUAGAAAGUAACGUCGAAUUCAGCCAGUCUGAGCUGGAGGUGUUAGAAAAUAUUACUGUAGGUAGAAGUGACACUGAAACUUAUAUUAUCCAGAGGUCAGUGGAAAUAAAACAAAACUGUAACAAUGCCAGGCAAACCUAAGAACUCAUCACGUAGUGUUUCUGAGGCAUCCCAAAAGAGACAAAAGAUACUCCCAGUGACUUCUCUGAAGUGCUUUAUUUGUGAUAAAAUCAUCAAAACUGAAAAUUUAUCAGAGCACAUACUGUUUGGAGGGGUGCGUUGCAUUAAAUGCCCAGCAUUGUUUGAAAACUGUCAGGAUUUUCAGGUCGGGGCCAAGAGGAGCCCAUGUGAGCACGUACUGCAGUAUUGUGUGGAUCCUCUGGAGAGUCUGGAAUUGCAUCUUUCAAAGCAGUACUUAGAAAACGGUACCUCUUGCAGAGCAUCGCUGAUAGACAAACCUCAUCAUGUAAGAGCUUAUGUCAGUGGGAUGGAUUCACAGAAACACGAAUUUCCCUGGAAAGAAGCAGUUUUGUGCUUCAAACAAGGUGGUAAGAAGCCCAAGGAAAAAGCAAGCACAGUUACAAAGAGACACAUUGAUUGCAAUGAACGUUCCACUUAUAAUAGCAGUGACAGUAAUCGUACAAUUAGCUCUGACAUGAAUGACUCACUACAAGGUCACUCGCAAAACAUCAGAAAUGUUCCUGUUCUGCCUGACUCGGUGAAUCCUGAUGACAAGGUAAGCAUUUUGGUAAAUCGCCAAGAUCAGAGCACUGCUUCUUUGAUCCCUACCAAAGUACUCAACAAAGGUUCACCCUAUAAGAAUUCAUAUAAGCAUUUAGGGCCUCUAAAUGGGAAGAAAAUACUGCAAGUCAGGAAGAGGAGAAAGUCAGAGUGGAUAUCUGGCAUUAGAAAGAGAAACCACUUCUCAAAGGACGACUCGAAAGUUAGUUAUGUUGAGACCCCUUUGAAUGGAUUUUACUACGUGGUUCGGCACUCUGUUACAGAGUGCCCUAACUGUUACGCCAAGAUAAGUCCUCAAGAUUUCACCGUGAAUAUUGUGACCUUUUUAAUGACUGCCGUUUGUGCUGACUGUGGUCUGACGAUAUACAUCGUUCAUGAUCCUCCUGACGGCUCGUCGCCCAAAGUUUGCAUUGUGACUGACGAGGAGAAGCGCGCUAGGGCUCGGGAGAAGGCCAACAUUCAAAGGCAUCUUAAACAGGCAUCAGCUGUAGAGUCAUAGUAUUGGUUGCUUGGUGCUUUUGCAAAGAACCUUCUUGUAAAAUGUUCGUAUAAAAUAUAGCUCAAAUAUAGGAUGUGAUUUUUGGAUGCAUAGGCGUAAGGUGACAUCUCUGUAUCACAGAAUACACCUUCAUGUGUUUCGUUCAAUCACAGGUAUUCGUUUGUCAUUAUGCUAAAGUACAGAAUGAAACGUUCCAUUUCAUAUGAGAACAGAGCAAAACAUGGAAAUGGAGAUUCCUAAAAAUAAAAAAUCUGUUGUUUUACAAAGCAUUUUCAGGCUUUACUCAGAGAUUUGUUUGCUCACUUGUGACUUAAUGUCCAAUGGUUAUUCCUUUAAUGGUUACUGAUUACUUUUUCGAUGGUUUUGAAGACAUAAUUGUUCUAUUAAUUUUGGGAACUAGGAUCCCCCGCCCCACACUGUUCGUGCAAACAUAUUUUCAUUUAACAACAUCAUAAGCCCCAUUUCUACAUAUUUCAGAUAAGGAUAUUAUUUAUCAGCUGUACAAAUCUGUAAUUUUUAUAUUUGUUUAUCAUGACAACUAAACACUGUGUGAUGUUGAUGUUAGAAAUUAUAAGAUGCUAUUUACGAAAGUGUAUGAAUCUGUCCGCUCUCUAAAGACUAGAGUUGUCUGUAAUUUUUCCAUGCAUAUCUCAUUGAGUUUUAAAACUGGUUACAGCGCAAAUUGGUAAUAAGUAUUGUAACAAAUUUAUUCUUAUUAAAGUUGUAUUAAGGAGGUCGGGCCCACAUACUUUUCAAAACAUAUAUUGUAAACUCAUUAUUUCAUAAUAACUUUUGUGCUAGUCACACAACUCCGUAGAUUAGUUUGUAAAUUAAUAUUCCAAGCCAUAUAAUUAAUUUGAUUAUGUUGUGUCAACUUUACUAAUUGUACUACCAAGGUUUUGUAGAAUUUUUGUAAAUAAAGACCAAA